AUGUCGAACGUCGAUUUCAAUAAGAUGAAUGUAGGUUCAAAUGCCCUAUAUUACCAUAUAUUAAAUCUUUUCUUUAGAUUGAUUUUGCAAAGACUGGCAAAUAACAGAUCUUCUUGCAAGAACCUAGAGAAUGGCUAAGAGCAGCGAUAACUAACUCAAAAAGAAUUAUAGUAGUUAAAAAGUGAAUAGCAAGGUCUUAAUUAAUUGUUUGGUGGGCUAAAUCCUUAUCACUUCCUUUAUCUUCUGAUAUUGGGAGCAAUAGGAGCUGUCUUGGCAUUCACUAUAGAUGCGACUGUUUUCUUUAUCAAUUCUCACAAAGUGAAGUGGGCUCAUGAUGAGGAUUUCAAUUUUUAUGGAAGAGAGUACAUUAGUAGAGACUCUGAGGGAUCUGGAGUACCUGAAAUGAAGGGAGUCUUGGCAGGAGUGCAUUUACAUAAAUUCCUCGCUAUUAAUGCCCUAGUAGGAAAAUGGGUGGGAAUUGUAGCUGCAUUAUCAGGUGGACUCUCGAUGGGAAGAUAAGGAGCUUUCGUUCAUAUGUCAUGUGUUAUGUACGGCGCAGCUAUCUGCGUAGGGACUGUGGCAACGUUUGGAGCACCAAUUGGUGGAGUCAUUUUCUCUAUGGAAUUAACUUCAACUUAUUAUAUGGUUGGUAAUCUAUGGAAGAGUUUCCUUGCUGGUAUGAGCUCUAUCAUAGUAUAUCAUAUGUUGCACUCAAUAGGAUAUAUCAAAAUCCCUAAGCAUACACAAUUCUCAGACAUUAACAUCAAUCAUGAGAUGAUAUUCUUUGUCAUUCUUGGGUUUAUCUCAGCUGGAGUUGCCGGACUCUUCAAUCACGUCCUCACAAAGCUCAUCUUCUUAAGAGUCAGACUAAAGAAUCCUUAUAUUUCAAACAGAUGGAAGUGGUGCUGCACUGUGUCAUUGUUUAUUUCAUUCAUAGGUUUCCCAAUACAUUACUUACAUUUCAGUGAGAAAAAAGUUCAAGACAUGUUUUUCUCUAUUCAUAAUAUGGAAACCCUCGUUGAUGGAGAUACUUGGGGAGAUCCAUUAUAAGUGUUCAAUCUUGUUGUUUACUGCAUUCUAAAGUUCUUCUUUAUCGUGCUGUCAAUUAGUUGCCCUAUUCCUAAUGGUAUUUUUGCACCAGUAUUCUCUUUAGGAGCUGGUAUUGGAAGACUCUAUGGCCAUAUUCUUUUGAAGCUUGGUGAGUAAAUUGGAGUUAAGCUUAUCUAAAGCGAGGCAAUUUAUGCUGUUGUUGGAGCUGCUGCUAUAGGUGGGACUGUAACUAAGACUGUUUCAACUGUGAUUAUUGUUUUCGAGUUACUUGGCCAAGUUGACUAAAUUAUAGUUCCAGUGAUGGUUGGAUUAAUGGUCGGAAUGUGGGCUUCUCAAGGAAUUUCUAUGGGUAUUUUCGACGUUGUCAUUGAAUUUAAAAAUUUCCCAUAUAUGCCUUCUCUUGGUAGUGUUGCAGCAUAUUCUCAAAAAGCCUCAGAUAUAAUGAAUAGAACCUUCAUGUAUCUUUCCAAGGAUAGUAAGAUUAGAGACCUUCCAGUAGUAUUAAACAAGACUCAAUAAUGCUCUGUCACAAUUCCAGUUGUAGAAUCAGAAGAGGAUAAAACCUUACUCUACACAGUAACUUCAACUUCACUUAGGAAGUAUCUCUUUGAGCAUUAUAGACUUGUUGCUUAAUUGCUUGAUAUGCCAGUAAAAAGAGAGAUAGACUAAUACCUUUAUGCAUUAACUGAAGUGAAUGAUAAGAAUCCUGCGAACAAGAAAGAAAUAUCAGUAGAUCCACUUAUCCAUAUGAUUCAUGAAGAAUUCUCAAGCUUAGAUGAGGAACGUAGAGAAAUUAUCGAGAGUUUUUGGAAUUCACCAGUAAACUUCUCUGAUCCCUCCCUCUAGAUAAAUUCCUCCCCGUUCCUGGUUAUGUAAGAUACUCCAAUGUCAAAGAUCCAUUUCUUAUUCACAAUGCUGAAUAUAAAUCUACUCAUCGUUCUUAAAAAAGGAGUAAUCAAGGGUAUUAUUACAAAGUUAGAAUUCAUUUAAAAGAGAAAGUCAGCUGUUGUUCAGAUUGAGCAAGAUAAAAAGAAGCAAAGAAGAUAGAAAAGAAUGAUAGAGAUGGGUAGAAGGCUUUGA